AUGUAUCAUGACCUCAAAUGCUUGUACUGGUGGGAUGACAUGAAGAAGGAUAUAGCAGAAUUUGUUGCUCAGUGUCCAAAUUGUCAACAAGUUAAGGUCGAACACCCGAAGCCUAGAGGACUAUUACAAGAGAUGGAUAUUCCGACCUGGAAGUGGGAUAUGGCACCGUAUGAAUCUUUGUAUGGGAGGAAGUGCAGAUCACCUAUUGGCUGGUUUGAGGUCGGUGAGACCAAUAUGAUAAGCCCAGAUAUGAUUCAGGAGGUUGUUGAUAAAGUGAAGCUCAUUCAGGAUAGAUUAUUGGUAGCCCAGAGUCAACAAAAAUCAUAUACAGAUAAUCGAUAUCGACACUUAGAGUUUCAGGUUGGUGACUGGGCAUUCCUGAAGGUGUCUCCCAUGAAAUAUGUUAUGAGAUUUGGCAGGAAAGGGAAGUUAAGCCCGAGAUAUAUUGGGCCUUAUCAGAUAGUCCAUAGGGUAGGCCAGGUUGCCUAUGAGUUAGAACUUCUAGCCAAUUUGGAAGCAGUGCAUCCAGUCUUUCACGUGUCAAUACUUCGCAAAUGCAUAGGCGAUCCUUACAGAGUAUUCCCCAUAGAUGAUGUCCAAGUGACAGGGGAAUUAUCCUAUGAGUAUUAG